AUGUACGGCGAUCUAGGAAACAAACUUGUUCAACAUGCAAAAAGAACUCAGAAUUUGUCACACUUACCACCAUAUCAGACUGAAUUAGUUCGUGCGGCCACACGAGAAGUUCGUGACUUGGACAAAGAUGUGGCAGAUAUGCUAGAACCAUUCCAGGGGUCCUUCAACCCAGCUGCUGACCAGGCAACGGCUUGUACUCUACUUAUAAACCAUUUAUCCAUGCGACGGAACAAGCGUUGUCUGCUAGCUUAUCACCGAACGCGAGCAGACAGGCUCGAAGAACUUGUCUGGAAAGGCUACGACGUAGUUGAUCUUGCCGGACAGCAAGUUAGGGACGGCCAAGGCGGACUCAACGGCCCACCGAGUAUGUCAACUAGCAAUAGCGGUACGAGUAGCUUAAGUCCGCAGGAGGAAGAUUAUGUGCGACAGUACAGCGAUCUGCUAGCUGCUUAUAAAGGUCAAUGGACAGAUAUCGAUCUCACAGGAAGUCUCGAACCUCCUCGCGACCUUUUCAUUGACGUACGGGUGCUAAAAGAUGCGGGCGAGAUCCAAACUGAAUACGGCGCGAUCACACUUACUAAAAAUAGUCAAUUUUACGUUAGGCAGGGUGAUGUAGAACGUCUGAUCGCCCAAGGCUAUCUCCAAAAGCUCAGUUGA